AUGGAUGACACAACCAAGGAAAAUGGCUCUAACCAAAGCAAAGUGGUGCCUAAGGAAAAAAGAGCUUAUUUUUUAAGAGAGUGGACACGGUUGGAUGUAAUGAAAGCUUCAUUUGUUGUGGUCGUGCAUGUGUUGUGUUUAUUGGUCCCGUUUAACUACAAACUGGAAGCUCUCUUGUUUGGUGUUAUCGUCACCGCGGUGAUUCACCUCGGCAUUACAUUCUCUUACCAUAGGAACUUGACUCAUCGGAGCUUUAAGCUACCUAAAUGGCUUGAAUAUCCAUUCGCUUAUAUUGCCAUUUUCGCUCUUCAGGGUGAUCCGAUAGAUUGGGUAAGCAUACAUAGGUUCCAUCACCGGUACACAGAUUCGGACCGUGAUCCACAUAGCCCUAUGGAAGGGUUUUGGUUUAGUCAUGUUUUGUGGAUAUUCGACACCAAAUACAUCAGAGAGAAGUGUGGAAGACGUAGCAACGUGAUGGACUUGAAACAACAAUGGUUCUAUAGGUUUCUAAAGAACACACUUCCUCUCCACAUCUUAACGUUUUGGACCCUCGUCUAUUUUUGGGGUGGUCUACCUUACCUUUGUGGCUUGGGCUUCGGAGGAGUAAUUGGUUACCAUGGGACUUGGCUCAUAAACUCGGCAUGCCAUAUUUGCGGUUCGAAACCGUGGAACACCAAGGACACAUCUCGUAACGUUUGGUGGCUAGCACUACUCACGAAUGGAGAAAGCUGGCACAACAACCACCAUGCCUUUGAAACCUCGGCUAGACAUGGACUGGAAUGGUAUCAGGUAGACCUAACAUGGUACCUCAUUCGGUUCUUCGAGGCACUCGGGUUGGCCACGGAUGUCAAAUUGCCUUCUGAUGCUCAAAAACUCAAAAUGGCUUUCGCUCGUUAA